ACAUUUUUACUCUAAAUUCUAUCUUAGAACGAAAAUAGAAUAAUUGGUGAUGUUUUUACCGUUUCAUUUAUGGGGUACAUUUUUGCAAUCUAAGUUGUAGGUUUCGUUUUAAGAAUUUGAAAGACAUUAAAAAUGUUACUAAGCAAUCACAAUAUUGGAUUUAUCCAAAUUUUGAUUCAUAUUAUGCUUAGUAGAAGUUGUAUUUUGGCUUCAACAUUCUAGCAUAUUUUAGCUUAACACACUUAUACUUCUUAGCAUUCCGUAUCUCUUUACAUAGGCUCCAAUUUGAUGAUAAGGCAGAUAUAAUUUUAUUUGUUUUUUUUUAACUUUGGAAGUUCCAAGCUCCAUAACUUCUAUGCGGUCUGGAGUCAUCUGCCAUUAAUAAAAUCACAAUUUGAGCGUAAAAUCGUUUUAUCUCAAAGUAGAAUUAAACCAAUGAUUUUUGAAUAAUCUCAAGAACUGACAAUGUGUUUAGUAAGUGAAAUGUAGAAGUGUUACUUACUUCGUUAAAAGCAAAUGUAUCGAUAUGGGAAACAAAAACGUUUCACUUAACCAAAAGGUUAAGGUUAAAAAUAAAGUGGGGCUUAAUCUAAAAUAAAAUAAAAAAUUCCCUUUAUAAACUCCGCCUCUCUCUCUAACUUUCUCUAGCUUUCAGUCCAAACGAACGGUUGUGUUUCGAAGACAUAGCAAGCAAUAGAGAGAAAGAAAGGAACACAUAAAAACACUCUAAUGGAUUUGUGUUUCCACGAAGGAGGAGGAAGCAGCGUUUGGCAGAAAUGCUCUAGACACCGUUUCAUCUGCGGUGGCGGCGUUUGUCCUUACUGCCUCCACGAACGUCUCUCCUCACUCUGCCCCGACUGCGCCCGCGAUAUCCCGUGUUCUUGUACCCCACGCGCCUCCGUCGACGUAGAUGUUCCCUUCGCUGAUGUCGGAUCGGUUGGCCGCGUUUCCAGCCUGAUCGAAUGCGAGCCGGCGUUUAGGAGAUCCACCUCAAUGUCUGUUCCGUUUCUCCGGUCUACUAAACCGGAACUGGUUGAGAAAACCGGACCUGGUCGUUCGCUCUGGAGGAUGUUCAGAAGAGAGAGUAAAAGCAAGACUGGUACGAUGAUGAUGAGGAAGUCGAGAUCAGUCGCAGUCUCUGAUGCCGGAGAACUGUUGUCUUCUCCGGCGCCGGUGACGAGCAAGGGAAAUGGUUGGUACUUUCCAAGUCCGAUCAAGGUUUUCCGACAAUCAAGAAUCUUGUUUCAACAAAGAUCUCCUUUGUACAGAGGUUGAACUCUAGGUUAUUUUCAGUUUGGUCUCUCUUUUUUUUUUUUUUGCUAAAUGCUUUUUAUUUUGUUGAUCAAUAGUUUGAUUAAUAUGUUUCAUAAUGAUAAUGUUGAUUUUUUACA